UCUAUCUCUUUCUCUCUUUCACCCCUUCUAAUCUUCUUCUUUUUCAUCACCAAUGGCCGAACGUGAUCGAGAUCGUGACCGUCCACAUCCACACCAGGUUCAGGUGCACCCACAGCACCGUUAUGAGCAUCUCGGAGCCGGUGCCAAGUCACUCUUGCCAAGACGCGGGCCUUCAGCCAGUCAAGUUGUUGCGGUGGUCACACUCCUGCCCGUGGCUGGCACCUUGCUUGCACUGGCUGGUUUGACUCUGGCGGGUUCUUUAAUUGGGCUUCUGGUCACCACACCCCUGUUUAUAAUAUUCAGCCCGGUUAUCGUCCCGGCUGCUAUUGCUAUCGGGCUUGCAAUGACGGGCUUUUUCACUUCUGGGGCUUUUGGGUUGACGGGCUUGACUUCAUUUUCGUGGAUCUUGAACAGCUUCCGGCAGUCCUCGGGGUCGGUGCCAGAGAUGGCGGACCAGGCAAAGCGGCGCAUGGCGGACAUGGCAGGAUAUGUGGGCCAGAAGACCAAGGAAGGGGGCCAGGAGAUCCAGAGCAAGCCCCCAGAAGUUGGGAAGACUGGGACAGUGAGGACAUGAGUCAGUCUCCAGGAGGAGGAAUAAUGCAUGAAUGUGUGGCUCUAGUUUGAGGUUUUUUAAUGUAUGUAUUUAGUGUUCUCGAAGGUGUAAGUUCGUGCGUUGUAGUUGCUCAAUGUAGGCAUUUGGUUGUGUAAUGUGGGUCUAAUUUGUUAAAUUUGAAUGUGUUGUCUUAUAUGUAAUAUCCUUUGUGUCUCCUAUGAAAUGCCAACAAUCUUCUCCUUAGAAAUUA